ACUACUGUAAUAAAUAUGAGGGCAUUGCUUAGUCAGUAAGAAGGGUUAUAAGCAAAUAAUUUCACAUCCUAGUCAAAUUGAAUGGGUCAAAAAAAAGUAAAAGUAACAGUUGGUGUAAAACUGAUUUAUAAUGACAUAACCAUGUUUUGCUGUUAUGUGACAAAGUGCCUUUAUUCAGCAGUCUUCUAAUGAUGAUGUGAUUUAUGAUUUAAAAGGCCUGAACCAAUAUGGAUGUUAUACCUUGCAUCAGAAGUAUAGCACCAACACCUAAUUAGCUCUCUCCUGAGCCCAAAGUCACUGAGCCCAACUCUCCCUUCAUGAUGCAGUGUGUGGUUUGAGCACCCGGAUAGCAAGAUGAUGCAGAUCAACCUGACAGGCUUCCUGAAUGGGAAGAAUGCCCGGGAGUUCAUGAAGGAUCUGUGGCCCCUGCUGCUGAGUGCCCAGGAGAACAUUGCUGGCAUCCCCUCUGCUUUUCUGGAGCAAAAGAAAGAGGAAAUUAAACAGAGACAGAUUGAACAGGAGAAGCUUGCUUCUCUUAAGAAGGUUGAUGACGAUAAGAAGGAAAAGGACAAGGACUUCAGAGAGAGGGCUCAGUCAAAGAGCCCAAGGAGGCGCAAGACAAGGUCACCGUCACCACGGCGAAGGUCACCAGUGAAGCGGGAAAGGAAACGUAGUGCCUCGCGCUCACCAAGGCGCAAACCCAGUCCAGCUGGUGGCAGUUCACCCCCACCACCCCUGAUGCAGCUGCCCACGAAACCCUUGGAGCAGCUUGUGGAGCCAGAAGUUUCAGGGAGGGCCAUGCCUGAACCAGUCAUCCAUGAAACAUCUUCCACUUGUGACACAGUUGUGGAGGUGGUGAAAGCAGACUCUGUGAUUGAAGUCAAAGAACCUUCACCAGAGAAGAUUCAAAAGAAAGAGGACAGGCCCAGGUCCAGAGAAAGGGAGAAGGACAGCAGAAAGGAAAGACCUCACCACCGUUCUCGUUCUCAUUCCCGCACUCGCAGGCGACGUUCCCGUUCCAGAUCUUACUCCCCUCGUAGAAGACAGAGUCCCAGGAGGAGAAUGUCUCCUCGUCGUAGGAGUCCCCCGAGACGUGGCCCCACCGGCUCCAGACACAGACAUAGACGCUCCCCCGUCCGCAGGAGGCGCUCUCGCUCUGCCUCAUCAUCUGGCAGCAGCUCCUCCGGCUCCCGCUCACCUAAAAAAGCAAUGAAAAGAAUAUCUAGCACACCACCUCGAAAACAGGUCCAUUACCCUGACGCCUCCAUUAGCCCCACAGGGAAGGACAGACGAUCACCGUCUCCACGAGCCAGAAGGGGCAGAGGCUCUGCAUCACCAACUAGAUCAUCUGGUUUAAAGCGAAAACCAGGAGGAAGGGGUGAUUCUCCAUCUGACAAUGCCAAGCCCAGACCUUCUGAAGGGUCUGAGUCAGAGGAGGAUAAAAAUGAGAAAGGGGCAACAGCAGAUUCGGUGCAGCAGCGGCGUCAGUAUCGCAGACAGAAUCGACAGUCUUCUUCAGAUACGGGGUCUUCCUCCUCAGAAGACGAGGGGCCUAAGAGACCUACAGCAGGGCCAGGUGCCAGAAAUGGUGAUGUCAGGAGGAGACGUAGCCGUACCCCAUCCCCACGGAGGCGACACAGGGAUGUCUCUCCAAGGAAAAGACGUUCUCCAUCUCCUGGACGCAGACGUCGCUCCCCUUCUCCCCCACGACGUCGCAGGUCUCCCUCUCCUCCUAGACGAAGGUCUCCUUCCCCACCUCCGCGUCGUCGUUCUCCAUCCCCCAGACGAUAUUCUCCUCCUAUCCAGCGACGCUACAGCCCCUCACCUUUGCCACCACAGAAAAGGAGGUUGUCCAGCUCACCCAUUAAACGCUCUUCUCCAGGUGCAAAGCGACGCAUCUCCAGGUCCCCCAAGCGCAGAAUUUCUCCUACUCAAAGGAGACGCACACCUCCAUCCUCCUCCCCUCCAGCCAGACACAGGAGGAGCCCCAUGUUGCCUUCUGUCAGGCCAAACAGGGAUACACGAUCCCCCGGUGCAGCAGCCAGCCGCCUCUCCCCGUCCCCUGCAAACCGCAGCCGCGCUGUUAGGGGUUCCAGCAGUCCUCGGGGACGUUUUGAAACCUCCAGUACGUCUCCAUCUAACCAACGGAGACAGCAGUCCCCUUCACACAGUGGCAAACCCAUCCGUAGAGUGUCCCGCACCCCAGAGCCACGCAACAACCAGAGACCAUCUCCGAGUCCCCAGCCUAUGAGGAGAGCAUCCUCCAGAUCCAGAUCUGUUUCCCCUCAACCCGUAGCUCAGAAACGUCCAGCCUCUGCCUCCCCCUCACCAUCUCGCUCAGCCAGUGCAUCUCCACCACCAGCCAAAAAGCCCAGCAGUGGUUCUGGCAGUCAGUCCCCGAGCAAGAAUUCGGAUGUUGAUGGCAGUGGAAAGAAAAAGAAGAAGAAGAAGGAAAAGAAACACAAGAAAGAGAAGAAACACAAGAAGCACAAGAAGCAUAAGAAGGAGAAGAGUGGUGGUGCUGCACCUACUGAUGGACAAGAAAACCAGGGCGUGGAGGAGGAUGGAGAGUCAAGAAAGGAAUCAGACAGUGAAGUAGAUGACAGCUUAGAUGACUUGGAGAAGCACCUAAGGGAGAAGGCCCUGCGCUCCAUGAGGAAGGCCCAGAUGUCUCCAUCACAAAUGUCCUGAAAACAAGGGCCUUCAUCACUUUUCAAUUUUCCACUCACUCUUGAUGUUUGUCAUCAACCUGGUCAGCUUUAGAAUGUACAAAUUGUUAAAUCUUGGGUCUUUUUUUUUUUUCUUUUUACUGGUUUGGUACAUUCUGAAGAGUGUGUUUAAUUAAGAGCUUGAUUUGUCAGUUAGUGUAUUAUCUAAACUGUAAAGAGGCUUGUGUUGUCCAUAAUUUUAAAAUGUUUAGCAGGGGAUCAGUGUAAGAGGUUUCAGAGGUUUGAGUUGGGCAGAUAUAAAAUAUUUUCCACAGCCCACAGUAGAUUCCAUUGAGAAAUGAUUGCAUGCGCAGUGAUUGUCUCUAAUGUGCAUGAACCACUGAACUUAUGGAGUGUAGAGAAAAACCAACUUACAGUAACAUACUGUUACUAUUGCCUUUUAGUAGUGGAAACAGUUGCACAGCUGUGCUAACUGUUAGAGGCUGUAACAGAAUGUCUUGUCCCAUACUGUAACUGAAUAGAGGUGUUUGGCAUUGUUUAACCUGCUGUACUCUGACUUUGAAAUGGUCUUGUUUCAAGACUAAACAACCUGAUGUGAUACAGUUUGCUUUAAUUUUUCCGAAUGGAUUAAUACGCAAUUUUAUGUUGGCACCCUUGCACCAAGCCUAAACUCUGCAGGACUGCUAUGAUUUGUAUUUAGUACCCCUCGCUCUUGUCAUAUUGUCAUCCUUUCAGAAUUAAAACCUUUUUAUAGGA